AUGGCACGCAUGGUGAAUAUAGGCGAGUCUAUUAGAUUUUGUACUCGUAGAUAUUUGUGUGCUAAUGGUGGUCAACAUGCUAACCUUGGCGACAUGGUAACAUACUUAAAGGAAAAGACGCCGAGGUUGCUUACUGAAUGCAUAGAUAAUUCGAAACUCCAUGAAAAUGUAAAAUUGCGAGUUAUGCCGCUAACGAGACCCUAUAUUCCAGAAGCUUCGGGUAUUAGUCAUUAUAAAGCAGCCUGGAAGAUGAUGCAGGUUGCAAUGAAUACUUUUGUUAUAAGACAGCCUUGUAUACUGGAGAUACAGAGCAUGGAAGUGGAUAAGGAUCAAAGAUUGAUAAAAAUGAGGUGGGAAACUGUGCAGCAACCAACAGUAGGCGAGAAGCAGGAAGAGACGCCUUUAUCAGGCAGUGAAAAAUGGAACAGUACAAGUGUUGAAGAAUUCCUGUUGCGAUUAGGCAUGCGUCAUAACGAAAAGUGGCUUCAGGGCUUAAAAAAGCACACUAAACUUAAUAACCACGUCGUGAGUGGCCUAUUUGUGUUUGAAUUGUGUGAGAAUAAUGAACGCAUCACGUGCCAUACUAUCGAUGAGGUUCAACUUACCGAAGAAGGACAAGAACAAUCAAAUAAGGGAGGCGCCAAAGCAUUUGCUAUCUAA